AUGUCUAGCUACGUCAACAGUGAGGACAUACCGUUGCGAGCUGCUUCUCAAACUAGAAUAUUGUUACCAGUCGAAUUAGUGCAAAUGAUCCUUUCGCAUCUCGCAGACAAAAUUGCGUAUUUUCCUCCAGACAAAUCAAAUAAUGCAGAUAUUCAUUUCUCUGAUUUCAACUCAGUAGUCCGUUUUCUUCCUCUCCGUUUGCUGGGCAAAUCUUGGAAUAUGGCAAUCUUGCCGUAUGUCUUUAACUCGUUGCUCAUUAUGAAGAAAAUCCACGCGGAACAAUUGGUUAUUAUGUGGAAGACUCCAUCAUUCGCGGCUAGCGCGUUUCGGUUGCCAAAUCUUGGGUUAACUAAUGUUCACUAUUUACCGAAUUUUGUUACGCUUGGUUCUAAACUCUUACCGGAUUCAAACUGUCAUUACACUAGAAAUUUGUUUUUAUAUGAUAUCAGCGGCCUGGUAAUCUCGAUCGAUGUGGUGGAGAGACUCAUUGUUUUGUGUGGCGAAACUUUGUCAAGUCUACGUAUCAGUUUUUUUGCUGCGGUGGGGUUUUCUGCUGGAAUGAUAAGAAGCUUAAGUGUUGUGCGUAAUCUCAAGGUGUUAGUCAUACAUGGUAGCACGAUGCGAAACACAAUGAACGACUGUGAUUCAAUCCGCAAAUUUCUCACGGCGUGUCCUACCUUGCGAUCUCUUUCGAUUCGAUGCACUUCUCUCAAUAAUAUGGCGAUACAACAUGAUUCUUUGCCAAGUUUACGUCACUUAUGGGUAGAAUGUGAUCGUAAAAACUCCGAUGCAAUUACUAGUUUCUGUCGCUCGGGUCGAAUCAAAAUUCACUCCCUGGAAUGCCUCUCGCCUGAUGGCACCGACCAAUCAGGAAAAUUGAUUAUGGCGUUGAAAGAAUCACUUGAGAUCCUGUUCUUUCCCUGCAUCGCCAAUGAUUUACCUCUUGAUAUCUGCACCUUUUCAUUUCCUCAUCUCCGAGUUAUCCGAUGCUUAUGGUGGAAGUCUUACAAACACAAUUUGUUAUGGCUACAAUGGAGUUUAUUUGAUGAGAUGGAGUUAUUAAUCACUGAUUAUUGCAAUGGAAGCGAGUAUUGGCGCAAAGCUUUGAAGCGGUCGGAUGUUCAUGUAGUCAGGAAGCCUGCAAAGUUCAAAUACUUAAUUUUCACUACUUGGAAUGGUUAUGAGCAGGAGGAUGCGGAAUUGGUGCGCCUGUGCGCCAACUUUGGCAUCAAAUGUUUAUUUACACAUGCGUUAACGCAUGAGCAACUAUUGGUAUGA